AUGUCGGCAUCCCCUACGGGCGAAUCGUCAAACAAUGCCAAUUCCGCGAAUGGUACCAAUCUAGCCGAUGAGAAACCGCGGCUAUCGGAACAUGAGAAGAAGGCUAAUCAUAUCGCUUCUGAACAAAAGCGCCGCUUAGCGAUCCGCGAAGGCUUUGAUCGAUUGGCAGAUUUGGUUCCGGGGCUGGAAGGUCAAGGAAGAAGUGAGAGCGUGGUUUUGAAGAAAACUGUGGAUUAUAUACGGAUACAAUUAGAGGAAAGGCGGAUGUUGGUUGAGGAGGCGGAGGAUUUGGGGGUUGUUGUUGAAGAAGGAUUGAAGGGGGGGGCACCUGGAGCGGGGAGUGUGGGUUUGAGCAGCGGAGGGGCUGGGUGGGUAGAUGGGAGUGGGUGA